AUGUCAGCUGACAAUGGGCAUCGCAGCUAUUCCUCGCAGCAUCGAUACCGUGAAGCCCAGAAGCUUCGGAGCUCCAGCGUGCCCACGAGGACCGCAUCCGCAUCGCGGCUAUGCAGCCCACGGAGUCGCAGGAAGCGUGUCGACAGAGGUUUUGCAGGUUCAUCCACACCCAGAACCCGCACUGAGUUUCGUGGAUCUGACCUUGUGGACGCGGCUGGCGGGAAUUCGCAGCAAGAUCACUUCUUGCGCGCUGCAUGCACUGCUAAGGGGAGCGUGUCCAUGCUUGGGCGCUCUCUUGGUGGGAGUGUUUGCGAAAGACCGCCGAGGAUACCACAGACCGACAGAACUGCUACAACAGCGGCUUGGAAUCAGUGCAACCUUCGAAGCCGCUGUGAUGUCUGGGGAGCUGCUUGCUCGCCGCGCCGCCUGGAGACGGUGCGAAAGGAACUAGCGGCAGUUCGGGCAGACGUGCGAUUCUUACGAGGAUUCCUGGAUGCCACGACGAUGGCGACGUCCCACCUUGCCAGGCAAUCCGUGGAGAGCCGUCAGUAUCUCCGUAAAUUGAUGGAGGAGGAGUGCAUCGAAGGGGCCGAGUCUGACGCAGCUCCAGGCCAACGGCCUGAUGAGGAGGAGAGAGAGCACCUCGAGAGCCUUGCUGAAGAGGUCAGCGAGCUUGGUAUGCAGGUCAGCGACCUUGCGCAACAGCAGCUCGAGUGUUACAAGGACGUUCAGUACCUGCGAGGAUUGACAGCCGUUGCCCGACUGCGGCAGCGCGCAAAUGCUGCGACCUUGCAAAGCCGGAAAUUCGGCCAGCAGUGUGCUUCCAAGGGCAAAGAGCUUGACAAGACGAAAGAACAGAUGGCUGCCCUGCGACUCAAGGCACAUUCUCUGAGAGAAGAAGCAGCGAACGCAAAGGUGGAGGCGGCAGACGUCAGCGAAGACUCUGCCAUACACUUUCUCGAGGCUCUUCGUCUGGAACUUGGAGCCGAGGAGCAGAGAACCAAGAUGCAAAAGAUGUUGGCCACAACGCAAGAGGCAACACAGGCUUCCUUGAAGCAGAACGUGAAUCAGCUCAUGUCUGCCUUGCAAGAGUCGGAGGCAUCCACUGUGGAAGCUGCUGCUCAAGUCCAGGAUUCGGAAGGCCGGGAGGAAGCCUACGUGUCCAGGCUAGCACGAGAAAGGAGCCGCAAUUCCACGUUGGCCCAUGAGGCUCGGCACCUUGUCGCCACUCACAAGUCGCUGGAGGCUGAACUUGAGCAGCAGUAUGACACCACCCGUGCAUGGCAACUCUGUUCUGCAGAGAUGCGACUGGCACAAGGCAGCGGCUCGCUACCGCGAGGACCGCCGAGAGCACCGCGAGCAGGCUCUUGGGACCUUCGCGCUCGCUACACUGUGCGGAACCCCGCAACUCUUCGCCAAGGUACUGAGAUUAGCUCUGACUGGGUCGGAGAGUUGAAGGUGGGUGAUGAGGUUCUGCUCCUUGACUUCGGGGUCAUCGCUGGCAGUGGAAAGGACAAGGCCCGGCUGCGUGCACUGAUCAGUGCUGAGGAUAAAAUCGGCUGGAUGAGUCCUGAAACAGGGGACGGAGACCAGCUGUUGGAGCCUGUGAACCUCCUCAGCCGAAAGGUUGUCGAGAUGCACAGGCAGUCUCUUAGGCAGUCCUCAUCAGGACUCAAAAAGUCGUACCAGGAAGGGGGCAAUUGCCCUUGGCAGGUUGGUGCUACUUAUCGCAUGCUGGAAAAAGCCGUCGUGCGCUUGGGGCCGGACCUGAAAAGCCAAGAAGUCUUCAAGGUUUCUUCGAGUAGCCUGGUGCUUGUGAAAGACAUCAACAAUGUGGAGAUUCCUGGAGGGUGGUGUCCUGUUGCCUUUGUGAACGUGGAGGAAGGCCCAGAACGAGGUCGCACGGGAUGGGUGAGAUGCACGGCAAAGGAUGGUCAUGAUGUUAUGGACACGCGGGACCACAAAGAAUACGACAAAGUUAUUCAGAGACUGCGGGAGUCCGCAGGAUCGGAUGUCUCCGAAGGUUCAAGCCCUGCCGUCAUUCAGGCGGCCGUGAUCAUGCAGCUGAAGAAGGCUGCAGAGGCCGAGCGACAGGCUGAGGCGGAGGCGACCAAAGGUCAGCAGGACAUAGAUGCAUAUGUGCAAGAGGAGAGGGAGGAAUGGGGCCAGGACGGGCAGUUCGAGGAGGACGGAGAUGGCAAAGACACCACGGUCUCUCCUGCUGUGGAUACCACUUUCGUCUCGCUGAACGCUUCCAUGCAAGAUCUUGACGCAUUUGCACAGGACGAGCGUCUCCUCAUGCCAGACAAGACAGAAAUCGACAAUAGCAGCGGCUGGUGCUGGUGCUCUUGUGGAAACUAG